AUGUUGUUAAUUUUGCUAAGUCUCCUGCCUCCCCUGCAUGCCAGUUACGUGAUCUCUCUCUACGGCGAUGUCUACAGAGAUACUACUUUCUUCUCUCGGACACUACCGUGGAUCAUAGACAAUAUCGGCGGCGAAAUCAACCUGGACUUCUAUUUGUUGGGCAGCGGCAGGUAUUCGGUGCCGCAGAUGUGCGCACUGGAUCAAAUGAGAAUGAAUCCAUAUCUUCAGGCACAGUAUUUGAAGUGUGAAGCCGAUGGUAGACCAAGCGAGUUAUGUCUUUGUGAAUCUGGUAUAGAACCUCACAAAUAUAAACAUUGUGUCCUAACAAAGGGAUUAUACAACAGUAUAGCUGCACGAAAAUACGACCUAUUAGGCGUCGACGCAAGCCCUAUAGUGGAAAUAGGAUACAAGAAUACAGUAUUUGAAGUGGAAGACAGUUGGUACUUGAAGAAAAUAUGCACAAUAUUUGGUGAUAAUCCCCCACGGGGUUGCAUCAAGCCCUUCGCAUGCUGGUGGACCUCCCGAUGA